GGAGACAUAGUUCUAUAGUGCCUGUUUAUAAAAACAAAGGUGAUGUCCAGGAUUGCUCCAACUACAGAGGGAUAACCCUAACAUCCCACACCUUAAAAAUCUGGGAAAAGAUUUUGGACCAAAAGCUUAGAAGCCUUAUUACAAUCACACCCAAUCAGUUUGGUUUCACUAAGGGAAAAGGUACUACGGAUGCUAUACAAACGCUCAGGAUAUUAACCGAAAAAUACAGAGCUCUUAAGAAAAAUCUCUAUAUCGCAUUUCUUCACCUAGAAAAGGCUUUCGACAGAGUACCACGUCGUUUGGUCUGGCAAGCCCUAAGAAGUCAGAACAUUCCGGAGCCAUACAUAAAGCUCGUACAGGACAUGUAUACCGAUGUUAAUACCUCAGUCCGCAGCCCCGCAGGAACCAGCAAACCGGUCCCCGUAAAAGUAGGCGUCCAGCAAGGCUCAGCUCUCAGCCCUCUUAUUUUUAUCACCGUAAUGGAUUACCUAACAAAGAAUAUCCAGGACGCGGUUCCUUGGUGUCUCCUGUAUGCCGAUGAUAUCGUUUUAGUAGCUGAAUCACCGGAAAACUUACAAGAGACCUUAAAUAAAUGGUGCCACGCAUUGGAGAGCAAUGGCCUAAAGAUUAGUAGGGCGAAGUCGGAGUUCAUGAAAUUUAUGUUUAGACGAACCUGUGUUUCCUCACUCCAUAUCGGGGAUAGUCCCGUGGCUGAAGUGACAAAAUUUAAAUAUCUUGGUUCCAUUCUGCACGAAACUGCCAAAUGCGAUGCCGAUGUGCUGCACAGAGUAAAUGCCGGUUGGAUGAAAUGGCGAUCGUUGUCAGGUGUCCUCUGCGACCGUAGAAUGCCCAUUAGAACCAAGGGAAAAGUGUACAAAACCUGUGUCAGACCAGUAUUACUUUAUGGCGCAGAGUGUUGGACAACGACUUGUGCGCACGAGGCCAAUAUCCAUGCCACUGAGAUGAAAAUGCUCAGAUGGGCAGGCGGAGUCACCAGGCUAGAUAGGAUUAGGAAUGAACAUGUUAGAGGCAGUUUUAAAGUCACUCCAAUACCAGACAAACUCCACGAAAGCCAACUCCGAUGGUAUGGACAUGUAAUGCGUCGAGAAAAAGAUCACCCGGUAAAAAUUGCACUUGAAAUUGACAUAGGCAAACAACCACCAGGCCGCCCAAAAGCCACCUGGUGGAGAAACAGUCGCUAA